CAACCUCUCUCUCUCUCUCUUUCCAGGCCUUCGUUUUAGCACUCUUGACGGCCGCUAGGAAGACAUGCCUUCGGACAAGAGCGAGCGCAGGCCAGCCCGGCCCCAGUGCGCCGCCGGUGGAGUUGGCCUGCACCCCCAUCCGCCGCCGCAGACGGAGGCCCUGCCCUGCCCGCGCUGCGACUCCAACAACACCAAGUUCUGCUACUACAACAACUACAACCUCUCCCAGCCCCGCCAUUUCUGCAAGUCCUGCCGCCGCUACUGGACCCAGGGCGGCACCCUCCGCAACGUCCCCGUCGGCGGCGGCUCCCGCAAGGCGGCCUCCUCGAAGCGCCCGUGCCCGUUGGCCCCGCCUCCUCCCUCUUCGUCUCCUUCCUCCAACUCCAACUCCUCCUCCGUGACCCAAGACCCCCUGCGAGGAGACAACCCGGGCUUGCUCCUGGCCCAGGCGAAGUCCGAGGUGGGCUCGGGCGACCGGGUGAAGAGGAGCGAGAAUGUGGCGGGACUGGGGGUCGGUUCCGGACACCUGGGCUUCGCUUCUCUGCUUGGCUCGCAGGGGGGUCAAGGGUUUUUGGCUCUGGGCGGGCUCGGGCUCGGGACGGGGCUGGACGGUCUGGGGUUCGGGUUCGGUAGGGCGGUCUGGCCGUUCAGCGAAGCGGGCUUCGUCGAUGGCGGAGGCGCGUAUGGCGGCGGGGGACCUGUAGCGGCGGCGGGAGGCAGCGCGUGGCAGAUGGGGAGCGGGGAAAGUGGAGUUUUGGUUGAUGGGGAUGGAUUUGCCUGGCCGGAGCUGGCGAUAUCGAUGCCGGGUCAGGGCCUGAAGUGAGAGUGCUCUGCUCUUUCUGCGUCGGGUUUUGGAGUCGGUGGGUGAGACUGGAGUCAAUAGUGGUGGUAUCAGGUUUCUUUUUUUUCUUCUUUUUUCGGUUUGGGGUUUGGGGGUUGGUGUUUUAGAAGGGUAUAAGUAUUCACUAAAAUAGGGUUUAAUUAAAGUUUACAGAGGAGAUACUGUGAUGACCACUGGAAUGAUAUGGAUGGUUAGCGUAGGCGGAUCGUGGUCCGGUCA